AUGGGCUCCUCCGAUAGCGACAAGACCGAGCUCAUCGUGGCCGCUGCGGCUCUUGUCGUGUCAUUCAUGGCCCUUGGGACCACUACCAUACAGGCCAUUCAUCAGUUUUACUCAGCGGCCGCAUCCGGCAUCUACUCGUGCAGCGAGCCAGUGAUUGGCAAGUGGGCCGCGUUUACGAAGAAGAGUCUGACGUGGCCGGCGUUCCGAGUGCAAGUCAGCUUCGAGGUUCCCGUCAUCUUUGCGGCGCGACCCAGCAACGACAAGGGUCCGCUCGGGAAACACCCGGAAAAGACCAUCUAUCAGUUGGACGGGUCCGAUAAAAAUCUCGAGUUCACGUCGGCCCCGGACACGAACGCGGAGGCUGCCGCGGAGCAGAACUGCCAGCUCAUUCACACGGCCGACAACGAAAAGGUGACUUGGUGCGCGUUGCUCAUGGCCGUGUACCGCAUGGAGAAGGAGUCGCGGGACUGGCAAAAAGCAGCUCGGCUAUAUACCGCCUACCGGGAAGCCCCGCCCCACGAGCUUGUUGUGUGUUUUCAGAGAAAGAAGCGAACGUGGGAUGGCAUUCACAGGGCCAUGGGAAAGCCCUACGCAACCACCACCAUUUCUCACCUGGUCGAGAUUGUGGGCAUGCUGGGCAUCCACUGGAAGGAAUUCGACCUCAAUAACGACAAGUACCGCGCCCAAGGCAACGGCUUCGUCAUUCACGGCUCGAAUAACUCCAUUAAAUACUUUCGCAAUGCCCACGAGGGCAACCGGCACAGCCACCUAUUCCCGGUGGCCUUUGAACUAAUGGGAAUGGUUGGAACCAUACUCCAUGUCAAAGAAACCGUAUUCCGUAUGCUUCCAAACCCAACAAUAUUUCAGUGGGACACGACCGCCUUCUCUAUCUCUACGCUGGUCCUAGACUUUACCGAGAUCCUGCAGAGAUACAAGCUGGACAAAACCCUACCAGACAGUCCCCAGAUGAAGACCAUUCUAGAGGCAAAACCCGAGCCUGACAAUGUUGGUACCCUCGAAGGAAAAGAUCUCAUGGCAGCGCUGCGUUCCCUUCACCAAAAGAUUGAGGAUUGCGAUAAAUAUCUGAAGGAAAACGGGGGCGAGAACCUCGGGUUCGUCAAGAAAGUUGUCUGCGUCCACAUGCAAGCCGUCCUCGGCCUCCUUAACCCACCCCAGCACUUUGACAUGGACGACGACGAAGCGAUCUUCGGCUCCUUGCAAGUCCGGCACGCCGCGCACCACGCGCGACAGCGCUCGAGGAGCCGCCAACCAGGGCCCGACGGCGAUCCCGGCGAGCACGUCCGGCUCAGCGUGCCGCGCGACCGCCGCACCACCACGACCAUAGAGGACAUCGACUCGGCCUCCUUUAGCGAGCGCCACCGCCGGCUGAUGGAGGCGUACGUGACGGGAAUCCGCGAGACGGUCGUCGAGGUCGUCUUUAAGGAGCUCGUGCCCCAAGAGAAUGCGCGGCGCAGGCGGCUCUCCGUGGGUGGCCGAAAUACGGCCGACUCGGUGCCGCCAAGCCAAGAGGCGGAGACGGACCUGCGGGAGGGGACUGUCAAUGAGAUUUGGUGCACGUUGAUGUUUCGCAUGCUUUGCUGGUUGCAGCUUCAUGAUUUCCACCGGAUGGAUGUGCAGAUGUCCAAGAGCGAUGUGUACGAGAGCCGGAUGCCGGUCUAUGUCGUUUGA